AUGAGUCAAUCAACAAUUCAAGAAACCAUCACUGACAUACUUAAGAAGCAUGAUAAAAGUGCUGUUGGAAAGUUAACAAAGGCCUUGAUACAAAAGAUUAUAGGUACCUUGGAAAUUGAAGUUUCUGGCCAAAAGAAGGUAUUGGCAAAGGCAAUUGUUGACUUUAUUGGUGCAGACAAGUUUACGGUUUGCACAAGUGGCAAGAGUAAAGAUGUAGAGAAGUUAAAGGAUGAGAUUAAACAUGCAUUCAAGGAAGCAAGAGAUGAUGAUGACGAUGAUGAUGACGAAGAGGACGAUGGUGAGUCAGUUGUAGAAGUUGAAGAUGGCUCUAACAAGAGAAAGAGAGAAGAGGUAUCAGAAGAAGAUGUGAAGAGAUUUAAGGCUUAUGAACAAAUAAUCGAUGCUAAGAUUGCACAGAUGAAGCUGGAAAAAGCUGAAACAGAACGUGUUUUACAACAAUUGGCAGCUGAAUCUGAAGUUAGAAAAUACACAGAUACAAUCUACACACCAUUGCCAACAACUAAUUCUAGUCUUCUUACAGAAUAUGAGAAUUUGAGAAAGGAUUCUGCUUUUACAAUGAAGAUAGCUAAUCUUUUCCCAGAAAUAGAUGAUACGAAGAAAAUGGUUGCGAACUUAGAGACAAGAGCUUUCCAAUUACAAGUUCAAGCCGUCAAUCCAGAAUUAGCAUCUAAAUUGGCGUUUAUAGAAAGCAAUCCAUUAUGGCGUGAGAACAUGGAUAAGCUUAAGAUGGCAGAAAAACUACUCAAGUUCGACCAUAAGGAGAAGGGUAAGACAAGUUUUGUUAAAUCCUAUGCAAAUGCCAAGAUUUAUGAUAAGAAAGAUAAGGCAGAGGAAAAGGUGAAUAUGUUUGGUAGUGCUAAUGGUAUGAAGAAAGUGAAGAAAUGCUUUAUUUGUAAUGACCCAAACCAUCUGAUCAAAGAUUGCCCUAAGAGAAAUAAAAGAGAGGGUUCAGAGUAUGUAGAUGAUUUGUUUUUUCCGAGAGGUAGAAGAAAGAAGAGAGGCUAUUCAUUCCAUUUCGAACAAAUGGGAUACCUGGAGGAAGAAAGGAGCUUCAAUGGAAAUAGUGGAUAUGUUGAAAGAGGGUGUAUCAGUUCAAACAAACGAAGAAUUUGUUCCAUACUAUGGAAAGGUAAAUUUAGAAGAAUGGUCUUUGGAAGAGAGAGAAUGGUUAAAAAGAGAAGUGAGUAUUUUGAAAGAGAUUGGAGCUUUGGAACCUUGUCACAAUCCAAAAGUGAUAGCCAAGUAUCGGCUGGUCCCAAAGAAAGAAUCAUACCGACUGAUUAUCGAUUUAAGACCGCUCAAUCGGUUUUGUUCUAUCCCCAAAUUCAAGUACAACACGUUGAAGAAGUUUUUAGAACACGUACCAAUGAACAAGACAGAUCAAAUUUGGGGUUCUAUGUUCGAUAUGAAAUCCGGAUAUCACCAGAUGAAGUUGAGAUUUCUUACAUCUUAACUCAGGUUGCAACAUGGAUCGAAGCUGAUCCAGGAAAGUACUCUUCUCAUUCGUUGAGAAUUGGUGGAGCCACGGAGGCUGCCAUUAUGGGUAUCCCUGAUGCUACCAUCAAGGCCAUGGGUGGUUGGAAUUCAGAUGCUAUAGACAGAUAUUUUCGAGCUAACUUUAGAGGUGAUAGAAACGGUUCACACUUGAUGGGCUUCUAA